AUGAAGAAUAAAUCUCACAAGUGGGGCACGAAGCUAUUUAUGAUGUGCUACUCCACCAAAGCCUACUGCAGUCGAACUACGAACAUGUAUGGAAGGUUCAAAGUUUACUUAGGUGCCAAUGAAGCGCUGACAGACUACAAGUCGGGCCCAGCAGCAGUCAUCCGCAACUUCGGCGAGGUGUUUGUGUCAAUGGCUCAGGAUCUUGAGCUAUGA